UUCUUCUCUCUUCUCACACCCACAAUCUCUCUCUCUCUGCUCAAAUCUUCUCUCUUCUCUGAUAUUUAAAAAAAUAUACAGUGAAAUCGUAAUGGCCGUCGAUCUUAUGCGUUUCCCCAAGAUAGAUGAUCAAGCGGCUAUCGAAGAAGCUGCAUCGCAAGGCUUGCAGAGCAUGGAUCAUCUCAUCCGUGUCCUCUCUAACCGCUCCGACAAACACAACAACAACCUCGACUGCUCCGAGAUAACCGAUUACACCGUUUCCAAAUUCAAAACGGUUAUCUCUCUCCUUAACCGCACAGGUCACGCCCGGUUCAGACGCGGUCCGGUUCAAUCCACCCCAUCUCCUCAGAAACAACAACAGAGUCAAAUCGUUAAAAUUGCUCAAACGGAGGCUCCGAUAGUUUCUCAACCGACGAGACCAGCUGCUGUUGCUGUGACAACACCGUCGAGGAUGAUAGUUCAUUCGAAUCAGCCGAGCUUAACACUCGACUUCACUAAACCUACCAUCUUCGGAUCCAAGAGCUCUGAGAUCGAAUUCUCCAAGGAGAACUUCAGCGUUUCUUUGAGCUCUUCGUGCAUGUCGUCGGGCAUAACCGGAGACGGUAGCGUAUCUAAGGGAUCCUCAAUCUUCCUCACGUCGGCACAGCAGCCUGUCACUUCCUCCGGGAAGCCACCGUUGGCUGGUCAGCCCUAUAGGAAAAGAUGCCUUGAGCACGAGCACUCGCUCUCGGAGGGUUUUUCCGGCAAGAUCUCCGGCUCCCCUUGCCCUUGCAAGAAACGUAGAAAAAGUCGGAUGAAGAGAACCGUGAGGGUACCGGCGAUAAGUUCAAAGAUCGCCGAUAUUCCGCCGGACGAGUUUUCAUGGAGGAAGUACGGUCAAAAACCGAUCAAGGGCUCACCACACCCACGUGGUUACUACAAGUGCAGUACGUUUAGAGGGUGUCCAGCGAGAAAACAUGUGGAACGAGCUUUGGAUGAUUCAACGAUGCUUAUUGUGACUUAUGAAGGAGAGCACCGUCAUAACCAGUCCGCGAUGCAGGAGAAUGUUUCUUCUUCAGGCGUUACUGAUUUGGUGUUUGCUUCGGCAUGACUUUGACUUGUAUUUUUUUUUUCUUGAGUAUUAGAGGGGUUGGUUUGUAAAUCUUUUACUAAAAAUAUAUUUUGAUUAGAAACAACUAAUCUGGUGAAAAUGUAUUUUCUAUAACAUAUUAUCCUGGUGCAUUAUAAAAUUAGAUUAUCAGCA